AGUCUUAAUGUUAGUCUCAGUUGAGACGGUCAGCAAUAUAUGAUAUACUUUUUAAUUAGUUUWAAAAAAUAUUGCUUUAAAACAUUAAUUUGUUAAAAAUUUAUUACAAUAUUAAUGAAAUAGUAAACUAUUUGAGUGAUAAGUGAAUAAUUAUUAGCAGUGUAUUAGGUUUUGGCUAACAAUGGAUGUAAAUACUGUUGAAUUUGAAAGUGAAUUACAGUCUGGAUUUAAGUCGACUUCAGGUCUGAGUGCAGUCAAACUAAUAUCAGGCRCCCGACAGACGGAAUAUCACUCACAUUAUCGCGAAUAUAAUACAAAAACUAGUGAUCAAACAACUGGACGGAUAUCACCGGUUCUCUCAGAAUUAGAUGAAAAUGAGACACAACUUCUAAACUCAGCCGAUAUUUCGUCUAAAUUUGAUUUAUCGUCAAAAGAGAAACUAUUGGAAAGAUAUGGAGAAAAGCAUUCAAAGGAAAGAAGUUCAUCGCGUACUUCACGUCGGGUGAAGUUAUACGACGAAAAUGAAAAGUUUGAUUACAAUCACUUUGCGAAGAUUCCCGCGUCGGCCGCCCGAUCGAGAUCUGUCAAUAAACAGACCACUUAUGACAGGCGAUCUCCGUCGCCGUCACCUUUCGAUCCGCGGACUCCAUCACCCAUUCACGUCCAUUCAGUGCCCCCAAAGAAACUUGAAAUAUCUCCGGCGCCUAAAAUUGUUAUCGAAGAAGAAGGCAAACAUGUCUGCAAAUAUCAUAGCCAUCACUUGGAUCAUGAAUACUGUCCAUCACCCACUCGGGGCAACUGUUUUGCAUGCAAACAAAACAUCAUUGGCACGUUACUUCGGGCAAUGGGUGAGAUAUAUCACCCGGAAUGCUUCCGGUGCUCUAAUUGUGAGACUCAACUAAAUGAUGCCAAUUUUAAACCAUAUGGUGAUAAACCCUAUUGCAUGCCAUGUUAUGAAAAUUUAUUUGGUCCGCCCUGUACUUCAUGCAAAAAACCAACACAAGAUAAUCGGUAUCACGUAAUGAACCGCAUUUGGCAUCCGGAGUGCUUCUCAUGUGUCGAGUGCACCAAACGACUCACACCCGACAACUUUGUUGAAAGGAUGGGAUCUCCGUAUUGCAAGGAUUGCUAUCAUAAACUAUUUUCACCAAAAUGUUGUGCUUGUAAUCUGCCGAUCAAAGAUAAAGCCAUCAAUGCUUUGGGUAAGAUGUGGCACACAUUCUGCUUCAAGUGUACGGCUUGUAGUAUACCUCUGGAAGAGAUGAACUUCUAUGAGAAGAAUGGAUUACCUUAUUGUGAGAAAGACUAUAUGAAUCUAUUUAACCCAAAAUGUGUGAAAUGUAAACUACCGAUACCUGAUGGUCGCCAAAUUACAGUGAACGGCAAGCCCUGGCAUCCGGAGUGCUUUGUUUGCACUGUUUGUGUGAAACCAUUAACACCUGAUAAUUAUCGGGAAGUACARGGAAAGCCUUACUGUGAGGAUGACUACCAUAAGUUGUUUUCUUCCAAAUGUAAUGCCUGUACAAAACCAAUUACUGACGGAAAACAAGUAAAUGCCCUUGGUAAAAUAUGGCAUCCGAGGUGUUUUACGUGCACUAACUGUGCUAAACAGCUCAGCCCUAAUAAUUUUUACGAAAAGAAAGGCARACCUUAUUGUGAGGAUUGUAAUCAUAAACUAUUUUCCCCGAAAUGCAAUGCAUGUCAGCUACCAAUUACCGAUACUAAUCAGGUGAAGGCAUUGGGAAAAGUAUGGCACCCGAGAUGUUUCACGUGUACUAAUUGUGUCAAACAGUUGAGUCCAAACAAUUUCUUUGAAAACAAUGGCAAACCAUACUGUGAGGAAUGUCUUCAUAAACUCUUUUCACCCAAAUGUCACGGCUGUCAGCUUCCCAUCACUGAUUCUUUAGUGAAAGCAAUGGGCAAGAAUUGGCACCCGAAGUGCUUCCAAUGCACCCAAUGUGCCAAACCUUUGAGUCCUAAUAACUUCUUCGAGAAAAAUGGCAAACCUUACUGUGAGGAUGACUUUCAUAAGUUAUUUUCACCCAAAUGUUUUGGUUGUAAAUUACCCAUUAAAGAUGGAAAUUCAAUCAAUGCAAUGGGCAAACUAUGGCAUCCACUUUGCUUUAAUUGUACUGAAUGUGCUAAACCUUUGGGACCAAACAAUUUCUAUGAAAGAAAUGGUAAACCUUAUUGUGAGGACGAUUAUCAUCGAUUGUUUUCACCCAAAUGUUUUGGUUGUAAACUUCCCAUUAAAGAUGGUAAUAUAAUCCGAGCUCUUGGUAAGGACUGGCACCCACAUUGUUUUAAGUGUACCCAAUGUGCAAUACCGUUAUCACCCGAUAAUUUCUAUGAGAAAAAUGGCAAACCUUAUUGUGAACACGAUUUUCACAAAUUAUUUUCACCAAAAUGUUUUGGCUGUCUGUUACCCAUCACUGAUGGAAAUAUUAUUAGAGCAAUGGGCAAGGAUUGGCAUCCCGGGUGUUUCAAGUGUACAGCUUGUGCUAUACCACUAAAACCUCCACAUUUCAUGGAGAAAGAUGGCAAACCUUAUUGUGAAAGAGAUUAUAAUAGAUUGUUUUCUCCUCCAUGUGCUGGAUGUACACUUCCCAUUAGUGAUCAGUCAACAAUGGUUAAGGCAUUGGGCAAGAACUGGCACCCACAGUGCUUUCAUUGCAAUCAAUGUCACCGACAAUUGAGUCCAAAUAAUUUUUUCGAGAAAAAUGGAAAGCCUUAUUGCGAGGAAUGUCUACAUAAGCUAUUUUCUCCUAAAUGCUCUGAAUGUAGUCUUCCCAUUAAAGGAUCGCCAUUAGUUGUAAUGGGCCGUCAAUGGCAUCCAGAAUGCUUUAAGUGUUAUGAAUGCGGAAUACAAUUAAGUCCAAAGAAUUUCAAGGAAAAGGAUGGAAAACCUUAUUGUUUGAAACACUUCAAUGAGAUGUUUCUACCAAAAUGUUAUGGAUGUAAACUUCCCAUCACUGAUAAAAUGUUGUCAGCAAUGGGACAUAACUGGCAUCCGGACUGCUUUUGUUGUGCAGUUUGUCGCAAACCAUUAGCUGCCGAUGGAUACCGUGAAAAGGAUGGUUUACCGUAUUGUGAUUACGAUUAUCACGCRCUCUUCUCUCCCAAAUGUGGCGCGUGUCACGCACCCAUCAGAGAAAAAUGUUUGACUGCAAUGGGACGAACCUGGCACCCGGAGCACUUCCUAUGCCAACAUUGUAACAAACAAUUAAGUGAUGAUCCCGAAGGAUAUCACGAACACAAUGACAAGUCCUAUUGUAGGCCGUGUUAUAUUGAAUUGUUUGCACCUUAUUGUCGGGCGUGUAAUAAACCAAUUGUCGAUAAGAUAUGUGUGACCGCAUUGGACGCCAAAUGGCAUCCCGACUGUUUCGUGUGCAGAGACUGUCACUGUCCACUAAAGACUGGUAACUACUUUGAGUUUGAAGGCGAGCCCUACUGUGAGGAACACUUCAGGUGUAAGAUGUGUCCGGAUUGUGUUAAACUAAGAAGAGCUCAAAACAAAUAUUUCGGUCAAUCGUCUCAAAUAAAAUUAGGCGCUUAACUAAUAAUUUUUUAUGAAUUUCAAUAAUUAUUAAUAAGUGAUACUUUAAGGAGUAUAUAUAACAAAAAUUCAAGUACUAGACUAUUGUCAAUCAAUUGGUGGUAUUGCAUAAAAAAUUAAAUCAUUUUAACGACUUUUUAUGUCAACUUUUAUCACUAAAUUUUUUAAUGAUAUAUUUUUGAAUUUAUUUUUACAAUAUUAUUAUAGAUUUAAAAAAAACUUAACAAUUUUAAUUUAA